UUACGUUGAAUGUUUGUUUGUUUAGCUAUAUAAAUCAAAUAAAAACUUUAAAUGAUAUUUAUCUAAUUGAUUUUAAAUUUAUCUAAUUAUGUUAACAGUGUAUUGUAAGGUUAUGAUGACUGAAAUGUCAUUUUGCGUGUGAAUGAAAUUCGAGUUCAGUAGAAAAGCAUUUGUAAAUAUGAAUGCGGUAGAACCUAUGCAAAUCGACGCCCCUCCCGAAGAUAACGAGAAUAAUGAAGAAGAAACAUACAUUGUGGAAAAUCCAACAUUGGAUUUGGAUGCUUAUGCUAGCAGCUACACAGGCUUAGCAAGGCUACAUCGGCUCAUUUACAUAGCAGAUCACUGCCCUUCAUUAAGACAAGAGGCUCUGAAAAUGGCUUUGAUGUAUGUCAUGACAACCUAUAACAUUAACUUAUACCAACACUUGCAUAAGAAAUUGGCAGAGACAGCGGGUCCCAAUCUACCAGAUUUAGCAGCUCAAUCAGCAUCCCAAGAUAUUCCAAUCCUAGAUAUUCAGUGGGUUGAAACAAAAGGUAAAAAAGCAGCGUUGAAAUUAGAAAAACUCGAUACUGACCUUAAGAACUACAAAUCUAAUUCAAUAAAAGAGAGCAUUCGUAGAGGCCACGACGAUUUGGGGGAUCACUACAUGGACUGUGGUGAUCUAUCAAAUGCUCUAAAAUGCUAUUCGAGGGCACGUGAUUAUUGUACUAGUGGAAAGCAUGUUCUUAAUAUGUGUCUAAAUGUUAUUAAAGUAUCUGUUUAUCUUCAAAAUUGGUCCCAUGUUUUAAGUUAUGUUUCAAAAGCUGAAAGUACUCCAGAUUUUGCUGAAGUUUUGGGUAAGGAUUUAAAUCAAAUGAUCACAACACGACUUAAAUGCGCUGCUGGGCUUGCUGAAUUAGCUACAAGAAAAUAUAAAUCUGCUGCUAAACAUUUUCUUGCUGCUAGUAUAGAUCAUUGUGAUUAUACCGAAUUGUUGUCUCCAAGCAAUGUGGCAAUAUAUGGUGGGCUGUGUGCACUUGCUACCUUUGACAGGAAAGAGUUACUAAAAAAUGUCAUAUUUAGUAGUUCAUUCAAGCUAUUUCUGGAAACUGAACCACAACUAAGAGAUAUCAUUAUUAAAUUUUAUGAUUCUAAGUAUGCCUGUUGUUUAAAGCUGAUGGAUGAAAUUCGAGACAAUUUGUUAUUAGAUAUGUAUCUUGCCCCUCAUGUGAACGCACUGUAUACUCAAAUUAGGAAUAGAGCAUUAAUUCAAUAUUUUAGCCCUUACAAAUCUGCAGACAUGCAUAAAAUGGCACAAGCUUUUAAUAGAUCUGUAAGUGCUCUUGAAGAUGAAUUGAUGCAACUCAUUUUGGAUGGACAAAUUCAAGCCAGGAUUGAUUCCCAUAAUAAAAUAUUAUAUGCCAAAGAUGCUGAUCAGAGAAGUGCAACAUUUGAACGAAGUUUAGCAAUGGGACGUGAAUAUCAAAGAAGAACGAAAAUGCUUAUUCUUAGAGCAGCCAUGAUCAAAAAUCAAAUACAUGUUAAAGUUAGUUCAACGGCUCCUGCUAGUUCUCUGGAACAAUUAUAGUCAUUACAUGAAAUUUUGAAUAGUUUAUUGUAACAUUUUAUGAAUUAUUUCUUUGAGCAUAACACCGCAAAACUAAAUUGUACAAAAGCUUU